AUGCGCAUCGAGGAACUGGUUCUCGAAGGCUUUAAGUCGUAUCCGGUACGAACGCAAAUUACUGGAUGGGACCCAUCGUUCAACGCCAUUACGGGUCUCAAUGGCUCUGGCAAGUCCAAUAUCCUGGACGCGAUUUGUUUCGUGUUGGGCAUCACAAACAUGUCAUCUAUGCGCGCGCAAAAUCAACAAGACCUCAUCUAUAAACGCGGUCAGGCUGGCAUAACAAAAGCUUCUGUCACGAUCGUCUUUGAUAACUCUGACCGCGAUAAGAGCCCUAUUGGGCUCGAGAACUGCAAGCAGAUUACUGUGACGCGUCAAAUUUCUCUACCGAAUAACUCCAAAUACCUGCUAAAUGGGCACAAGUCGCAACAACACACUAUCCAGACGCUCUUCCAGGGUGUACAACUUAAUAUCAAUAACCCCAACUUCCUUAUCAUGCAAGGACGAAUCACGAAGGUGCUUAAUAUGCGACCUCAAGAAAUCCUCGGGAUGGUCGAGGAGGCUGCUGGAACGCGGAUGUUUGAGGAGCGAAAAGACAAGGCGAGGAAGACGAUGGGCAAGAAAGAGAAACGCGUAGAUGAGAUUGCCGCGCUCCUUGCUGAGGAGAUCAUUCCCAAACUUGACACGCUGCGAGCCGAGAAGCGAGCAUUUCUUCAAUGGCAGAAAGCCUGUUCUGAGCUUGAACGGAUUGGCAGGCUUCUCCGCGCUUGGGAGUGGACCGAAGGAAAGGAACGGAUUUCACGAAAGGAGGCAGAAAUUUCAAAGAAGGAGCAAGAGAUGUCUCGUGUCAAGAAGGACAAAGAUCGAUUCUUCAAAGAGACACAGGCGGCGGAGAAAGAUAGUGAAGAAGUGAAGAAGAAGCGGGACGAAGAGAUGACGAAGGGAGGCAAGUUCAAGAAGAAGGAAGAAGAAGUGGCGGAGCUCGAGAAGUCUCUCGUGAAGAUGAAGACGCAGUCGGAAAUAAAGAAAGGGACUAUCGAUGAAGAAGAAAAGAAAGUAAUAAGCCUGGUAGAGGAAUUGAAGCAGCUUGAAGCUUCACUUGCGGCGAAACGGGCCAACGUUGAAGAGCUUUCGAAAUCAUACAACACAGUCAAGGAAUCCCACACGAGCACGCAGACUACGUUGAAUGCCAAAGAAGAGCUCCUUCAAAAUCUGCUUACCGGCCUUUCAUCUUCGAGUACCACCGGUGGUGGCUAUAUGGGCCAGCUGGCAGACGCGAAGGCCCGACUCGCUCAGGCAUCUGCAGAGGAAGAACAAAGCCGAGUCAAGCUCGGUAUGUCUCAAAAGGACCUGAAAACGCUCGAGAAACGGUGGAAGGAAGUCGAGAAAGAAGCUGGCGAAGGUCGACAGAAACUGCGUGAGGAGCAGACCGAAGUCGAGAAGUUGCGGAAGAAGGUCGAAGCAAGUGGGUGGAGCUCUGAAAAGGAGACCCAGAAUGAGAUGGCCCUGAGGGCUGCGAAGGCGGAGGUACGACAGUUAACAGAGGAACGAGAUGCGACACGCCAACGACUUUCAGCCUUGGACUUCAGUUACUCAUCUCCUUAUCCUAAUUUCGAUCGAUCAAAGGUUAAAGGCCUCAUCGCUUCGCUCAUUACCCUCGAUCCAACCGAUUUCAACAAAUCGACUGCACUCGAGAUCACGGCUGGCGGGAAGCUGUAUAACGUAGUCGUACAAGACGAGAAGAUCGGGAAGGACCUUCUUCAAAAUGGUAAACUCAAGAAGCGUGUCACAAUCAUUCCCCUGAAUAAGAUCAAUGCCUUCAAGAUGUCUGCGCAGAAAUUACAAGCUGCAACUCGUCUUGCACCCGGAAAAGUGCGUUUAGCCUUGUCAUUGGUCGGCUAUCCAGAAGAUGUCUCGAACGCUAUGGCAUAUGUCUUCGGUGAUACGCUUGUUUGCGACGAUGCCGCGUCUGCCAAGCUGGUUACGUUCUCCAAGGAAGUUGGCGGUGUCCGUUCUGUUACCCUCGAUGGUGACGUAUAUGAUCCUUCUGGCACGCUCAGCGGUGGUUCGGCACCGAACAGCAGCGGCAUCCUCGUGAAAGUCCAGGAGCUCCAGCGGAUAGAAAACAACCUAGAGGAAGCCGUUCGUCGGCUGCAAAUUCUAGAAAAGGAGGCGGAAAGUAGCCGUGCCGGUCGUGAACAAUGGAAACGGAUGGCAAGCGAACUCGAGCUUAAAGAGCACGAGAUGAGGCUUUUGGAGGAGCAAGUAGAGGGCAGCAAUGCCGCACGAGUUGGCAGCGAAAUUGAGGCUCUGAAGAAGUCGAUCACGGAGCUGGAGCAAGCCGUCCAGUCUGCGAAGGCCCGACAAGCCGAAGCAAAAUCUGAGUGCUCCAAGCUCGAGAAGGAUAUGGACGAGUUCAAAAACAACAAGGAAGGCAAGAUCAACGAGCUCAAGGCCGAAAUUAGCAAACUGAAGUCUAGCCUUCAGAAGCAAUCCGUCAAAGUAAAGACGGAACAGAAAGAGCUGCAGACUGCUACCCUUGAGCUUGAACAAACGGAGGGCGAUAUUGAGACCGCAAAAGAAACAGUUUCUCAAGCUGAGGAGAACGUUGCUAGCCUUAAGAAAGAACUCGAAAAGCUUCUGAAAGAGCUCGACAAAAACGAGCGAGCUCAUGCAGAAGCACUCCGCAAGCUUCAAGAAGAACGGGCGACGCUAACGCGAUUCGAUAACGAGUUAAAAGAGCUUGAGGAGGUCAUCAAGGACAAGAAGCAAGCGAUCAAUGAUGCGGAGCUGCAGCUUAAGAAACUCGAACAUGACUUGCAAGCGGUGGCAAAGGAUAAGGUCACUGCAGUGAACUUUGUUUCUAACCUGGAAAAGAUGCACGAGUGGAUAGUUGAAGAGAAUCAGUUCUUCGGAAAGCCUGGCUCGGCGUACGACUUCAACGCGAAUGACAUGGGUCGGUUAAAAGAGAAGGCACGCGAACUUGAAGAGCAGCAAAAGGGAAUGAAGAAGAAAGUAAACCCGAAGGUGCUGCAUACAAUUGAUAGCGUCGAAAAGAGGGAAGCCGCGCUUAAGAAGAUGAUGGCGACCGUCCUGAAGGACAAAGAAAAGAUCGAGGAGACCAUCGCCGAGCUGGAUCGAUAUAAGCGCGAUGCUCUGCAGAAGACAUGGGAGAAGGUCAACGGUGACUUCGGCGGCAUUUUCGCGGAACUCCUUCCAGGGAAUUUUGCGAAACUUCAGCCACCCGAAGGUCAGGACCUGACGCAAGGGUUGGAAGUGAAGGUUCAACUGGGCUCUGUCUGGAAGCAAAGUUUGACGGAAUUGAGUGGUGGUCAACGAUCACUCAUUGCCCUGUCUCUCAUCAUGUCCCUUCUCCAAUUCAAGCCAGCACCAAUGUAUAUCCUCGAUGAGAUUGACGCAGCACUCGAUCUCUCUCACACCCAGCACAUUGGACAGCUCUUCCGCACGCGGUUCCGUGGUUCGCAAUUCAUUGUCGUCUCGCUCAAGGAAGGACUGUUCACGAAUGCUAACGUGCUGUUCCGCACACGAUUCCGAGAUGGGACGAGUGUGGUCGAGAGGACUGCACAGCGUUCAACUAGCACCCUUUAUUCAGAUGCAAACAAGGAGAAUGAUGGUGACGGAAGCGGUAGGAGGAGGAAGGGGCGAACAGGUAAAUAAGAUGAAAUUACCUAGAGGUCGUCGGGAGUUUCUAUCAGUUAUUUGCAUUUGUUUUAUAAUAUGUGCAUUUGCUAUCCAUUGCUAGCUCUGUUGUA